AUGCCGAAAAAUGUGGGACCCACCAUUUCUGGGAAGUUCCGUGACCGUGACCGUGACUCAAGACUUCCCCUCCCACCACUUCUCACCCCACGGUGUUCAAUGACUCUCCAUCGUCCGAUCAAUCUACUCCGACGGCUAAGAUCUUGGCUCGCUGCUCAACGCUUGCCAGCUAGGACUGGCUUGUUCGUGUUUUGGAAUCUGGAGGGUUUAUUUAAUCAACACGACAACACCGCUACCACGUCAGAUGUGAAUCGAACGGCCUGGACGGUUCCCCUUUUUUAUAUCGGGAAGAUCUUGAUCGUUGGUAUCACUUUUCAGAAGAUUUUGGCCGUUGGAUUGGUUUUGGGAAUGGGACGGUGGAGAUCGGAGUACUUGUCAAAAAGCAUUGAUCUGAUUCAUCCACGAGGGUUUGGAGAGAUAUUGAAAUACCGGAAAGAUGAUGAGAUAGAGAGCAGAAAAAGAGGACAAGGGAGAGAGAAGAGAGAAAGUGAGGAUAGAGAGAAAAGGCGAAGUUAG